UUUAUCAAAAAUUGUGUGAAUCAUGUCUGAUGAUUUUUUGACAUUCUUGAAAUUUAGCAUGCAUUGCUUUAAAUAUAUCUUCAUCUAUUUUGUGUGUGUCAAUUUAUUGGAGCAGCUCAUACAAAGCCAAGAGAGCACAACCAGCUGAAAAGCCAAAAAAAUAACCCAAGGAUGUGUGUCCUGUACAGCUGGCAGCAACAACAACAACAACAACAACAACAAGCGAAAUUUCCAUAGGCGCAAAUAGAGAAUAAAAACAAUAGAAAAUGCCAAACUUGCUA